AUGUCAUUUUGUCAUGCAUCGUCUGGUUCUGCUUCUUCUACCUCCAAAUUCAGGAAUGCUGCAACUUCAGCGGGUUGCGUCCAAAGUGAAUUCGGCGAUAGAAAUCUACAAGCCAUACUCCUGCAACAGCAACAUCGGCAGCAGCAUGGAUCGACACAGCAGACCAAUAAUGGAACAUCAAGUGUCCGGUAUUGCAUGAAUUUGGUUGAGAAAAAUGAUCACGAAAACUAUUUGUGCACCCUGCUUUUGGAUAAUGCCCACCGUAGGCAUGCCUUUGCCCUGAGGGCAUUCAAUGUGGAAGUGGCCAAGUGUUCGGCAAAUGUUUCUGAGGAUCAUAUUGCGAAGAUGCGCCUGAAAUUCUGGUUUGAUUCCAUAGAAAAAUGUUAUGCCAAAGAGAAAACAUAUGUGGCCGAUCAACCGGUCUUAAGGGAAUUGAAGAAUGCCAUUGAUAGCUUUCAAUUAAAUAAAGUCUACCUAAAACGUCUAGUCAAUGCCCGCGAUCGUGCACCAAAUGAACCCUUUGUUACCAUUAAAGAUUUGGAAACAUAUGCCGAACAAACUUACUCAUCUCUUUUGUACCUGCUUGUUCAAUUGACUGGAGUUAAAGAUAUGAAUGUAGAUCAUGCCGCAUCACAUUUGGGCAAAGCUCAAGGUAUUGUUACACUAUUGCGAUCGGUACCCUAUACCAAACGUAGCCAAGCAUUAAAUAUACCCCAAGAAGUGCUCAUAAAGAACGGUGUGAGUCAAGAACGUGUUUUACGUUCAAAGGCCAAUGAUAAGGGUGUUGAAGAUUGUAUUUUUGAGGUAGCUACAGCGGCGCAUCAACAUUUGGAAAUGGCCCGUAAUCUUUCUGACAAAGUCCCAAAGGAAGUUCGUAAACUAUUCCUACCCGCUGUUGCUAUUGAACGUUAUUUGGAACGUUUAAGAUUGGCAAAUUUCAAUCUUACACAUCAAUCAUGCCUGCAAAGAGAUUCAAUGUUACCCUUUUCAUUGUAUAUGCGAAAUUUACGUGGUAAAUUUUAAGGAGUUUCCAAAAUUUCUAAUGGU